UCUGUUAAUUUUAAGCCGACAGUUUAGCGGCAUUGUAUGUUACAGAGAAUUAGCUAAUGUGAAAUUCAAUUAAUGCUCUCGUCUAAUAAUUUGCGUUUUGAGAUGCCAUGUAUCUUGGUACAUCCAAAAAUGCUUCUCGGAAUCUUUCAAAAACUGUACAAUGAUGACCUUUGAGGGAUCUGGCAGGUCCUCUUCAGGACCCCUUCAGUGUAUUCUUCUGGAAAUUUGUAAUUUAAACUAGUAAGCUGGGAUUGUAAUAAAAUAAAUCUUUGCUAGGUUAUGGAUUUCGAUUUCAAAAUACGUACAGCUAAUGAAAGAGCUAAAGUCGAAGAUUUAUUCGAAUAUGAAGGUUGUAAAGUUGGAAGAGGAACAUAUGGCCAUGUUUACAAGGCAAGACGAAAGGAUGGAUCUGAUCCUAAAGACUAUGCCUUGAAACAAAUAGAAGGUACAGGAAUAUCAAUGUCUGCUUGCAGAGAAAUCGCACUGCUUAGGGAAUUAAAACAUCCAAAUGUGAUAAGCCUUCAAAGGGUUUUUCUUUCUCAUACGGAUAGAAAAGUUUGGCUGCUUUUUGAUUAUGCUGAACAUGACUUGUGGCAUAUAAUUAAAUUUCACAGGGCUGCUAAAGCCAACAAAAAGCCAGUAUUAGUGCCAAAAGGUAUGGUGAAAUCUCUUUUAUACCAGAUUUUGGAUGGAAUCCAUUAUCUACAUUCAAACUGGGUUCUACAUAGAGAUCUGAAACCUGCUAAUAUAUUAGUCAUGGGAGAAGGACCAGAAAGAGGAAGAGUAAAAAUAGCUGAUAUGGGCUUUGCACGACUCUUCAAUUCUCCUCUAAAACCUCUUGCAGAUCUGGAUCCUGUGGUUGUCACAUUUUGGUACAGAGCUCCUGAACUUCUACUUGGAGCAAGGCAUUAUACCAAAGCCAUAGAUAUAUGGGCAAUUGGAUGCAUAUUUGCUGAAUUGUUAACAUCGGAGCCAAUAUUCCAUUGUCGUCAGGAAGAUAUUAAGACUAGUAAUCCAUAUCAUCAUGAUCAGUUAGAUAGGAUAUUCAAUGUUAUGGGUUUUCCUCAAGAAAAGGAUUGGGAGGACAUAAAGAAAAUGCCAGAACAUACCACUUUGUUAAAGGAUUUCAAACGUUCCAACUAUUCUAAUUGUUCCCUAAUCAAGUACAUGGAAAAACACAAAGUGAAGCCCGACAGUAAAGCCUUUUUGUUACUUCAAAAGCUUUUGUUGAUGGAUCCUACAAAAAGAAUCACAUCAGAGCAGGCGAUGCAAGAUAGUUAUUUUCAGGAAGAACCUUUACCGACCCAAGACGUGUUUGCUGGGUAUCACAUUCCUUAUCCAAAACGAGAAUUUUUAACAGAUGAUGAGCAAGAGGAUAAAUCUGAUACAAAUAAGACCAAUGCCAACAACAAUCAAGGUAAUCAAGACAACAAUAACCAUGGCCCGAGUGCGAAACGUGUGCGCAUGGCCCCUCCUAUUACCACGACGGCAACAUCGUCCUCGCAGUCUCACAUGGGAGGUGGAGGAGUACAACAGUCGCAGUCCUCCAUGAAUUUCAACACAGGAGCAGGAAAUCCGCAACAGAGUGGAACUGGUGGCUUCCCUCAACACUUCUAGGCAAGAUUAUAAAAUUAAUUGUUCAAAUAGGAAUUACAAUUUCAUGAUGUGCAUUUUUCAAAUCAUGCAUUGCUCAUUGUUUGUAAUUACUCAUCAUAUAAAUAAAUUUUUCUUAAAAAAAUGAA